CGGCAGAGCCGCGCCCGCCCCGCCGCUGGGGAGGAAACUCGUCCCGGGAUGCUGUGGGAGCGAUCGGCGCUCGGGGCCGGAGCCCCGGCCCGGGGGCUGCUCCCGGCGCUGCGCCGAGCCCGGGCCGCUGAGCGGGGACGGCACCGGCACCGGAGGAUCGAGACGGGGAAGGUCCUGCCUGGGAGGGAAACGGCAACAGGAGAGGAAACCAAGAAAUGCUCCAACCGGACGCUGCCGCGCGAGUCAAAGGAGGGAAGGACCGCAGGGAAAUCGAGGAGGUUUUCCGGCCCCGUCGGCUGCAAAGGUGCAAAGGCCCCAAUGGCUGCAAAGGUGCUCGUGCGACAUCCGAGCUCAUUUGCAGGGAUAAAGGAGCCAACCGAGUCCGGAGGGAUCCCUCGCUCCGAGGCAAAGGCGGUGGUCGAGUGUCGCCGCCUGGUCCCGCCUGCGGGGGGGCGGCUCCUCCAGGGCUCGUCUGCCAAACGCACAUCCCAGGGGUGGGAACGGGCCACGGGCACUGCGGUGGGCACGGAGAAAGGGCUGCCCGCGGCUCCUCAGCCGGGGCUGCUCUGGACGGGCACCCGGAGAUGCCUCACCCUGGACACGCCCCAGCACCAGCCCCGAAGGACCCAAAGAAUCCAGCUGGCACUCGGCAGUGUCGGCACGGCGGGGCUGCAGAGCAGCACGGGAGCCAUUCCCAGCGCCGACCUCCCAGAGCUCCCCCGCGCCCCCCGCGUGUGUCCCGCCCACCCCAAAUCCCUGCCCUUCCAGCCGGAGGCCAGCAGCCAGCAGCAGCCUUAAAGCCAGGGCCAUCUGCCCUCGGCGGCAUUAAAUCCCGAGCCAGAGCCCUCGGAGAUGCCUGAAAAGAAAAGGGGAUGCUUGGAGGAAGUUGGGGUUGGAUGCAAUUCGCAGUUUUUCGGGGACCCAACCGCAACUGCAGAACCCGUGGGCAGAUUGAACAGGUGGGUCAGAGCCGAGGUGCCCCGAAGGCAGGGAUGUGCAUCCCUUUCCUCGGGGAGAGGAACUUACCGGGGCCGCUCCCGAGGCUCCGAAGGGACAGCGGCUUCCCGGCCGGAGAGACGUCCUCGCCCGUGCUCAGGGGCUGCCUCGCCCCGGGCCGGGAGCGCGUCCGGCCCCCGCCUUUUCCUGGGCGAACACAUCCCCUGGAGCCCGGCCCGGGGCGGAGAAUCGGCCGAAUUCCAGGGAACUCGCUCAAGUCCCCCCAGGGACACCAGCGGGGCCAGGGCAGGAGGGUUAGAAACAGCAAAGUCUGUGGAACAUCAACCUGUCCUUGUCCCGAUCCCGCUGAGCAAACCUGGAACCGUGGCUUCUCCCUGGCAAACCUGGCUUUAGAGCAGCAGCUCUGCAGGGGAAGAUCCGGGCUCCAGGAGGCACUGGGAGGCUAUUCCAGCAGGAAUUCGACAGGGAAUUGCGGGCUGGAGGUAGAAUUCAUCCAAACCUGCAAAGCUGAGACCAGAACCCAAACCUGGGCCCCACGCAGAGAACAAUCUUUGUGCUGCCCUGUCGGCCAAAGCCGCUGCACUGAGAGAUCUUGGCAGCCUGAGGGAGGGCAUUCUCUGCAUCCCAGCAACCUGCAUCUCCCAAGGGGACAAUCCAAGUCCCAACCAAUUCCUUU